UUGGCAGCAUUUAUUGAAGGGCAGCGGCUCCUGUUGGCUCAAGAGCGCUUAGCAGAAAUACAAAGAAGCUCACUCCUUCUAUCCAAUUGUGGGCCCAAACUUCUAGAGCAGAAGGGUUUGGCUCUUGCUGGCUUGGGAGUAGUGACUAUAAAUGUCGGCCUCGGCGGUAAAACUUUAGUCGAAUUGGAACGUCCAACUGCAUAUCAUACAAGCCCGAUUUUUCCUCCGCAUACCUUCAGACCAGGGGAUCUUACGCGAAUAGAAGCAAAUGUUACAGCCAACUCGGCUCAAAGGAAGCCGAAAAAAUCUGCCGCUUCCUCUGAGACUCAAACCUCCCAAGUUGAAGGCGUUGUAUAUAAGAUAUCGGAUACUCGAAUUGUCAUCGCCGUUGACCCAUCUGAUUCUUCAGAUGAUCUCGAUCUGCCUGAACGCUGUCGCGUCUUGAAAAUUGCGAACAGCGUAACUUAUGAUAGAAUGGAUAAAGCCAUAGAUCAGCUCGAAAAGACAGUCACAGGGUCCAAGGUUUGCAUCCCCGAUGACAAAAAUGUGCCAGAGUUGACGCCUCUCGUUCAAGUGUUAAUGGGCAUGACCGCGAUCUCCAAAAGGAUCCCGGUGAAAGAUAUACAAUUCUUCGAUAAUAGCCUUAAUCCAAGUCAACAAGAAGCCGUAAAAUUUUGUCUAGAAUCCCCAGAGGUAGCAUGUAUUCAUGGCCCCCCAGGCACUGGUAAAACACAUACUCUUAUAGAAAUAAUUCGACAGCUCGUGUCUGUGCCAUCGACGUCAGAGAAACCCCGCAGACUACUGGUUUGUGGUGCCUCUAACCUUUCGGUGGAUAAUAUUUUGGAAAGACUCUUGGCUCUUCCUGUUGAAACCAAGGCGCAAAGACUCAAGGUUACUCGCAUAGGUCAUCCUGCGCGCGUUAUGGCCCAAGACUCUGUCUUAGACGCUACCUUGGAUGUGAAGGCGGCCAGGACAGAUCAGGCCGCAUUAGCGAAGGAUGUCAAAAUGGAAUUAGAAGCAACACUAGGCAUCCUUUCAGGCAAAGGAAAGAACGCCAAGGGAAGAUGCCCCAAAGGUGCGGAGCGGAAAAAGCUAUGGGAAGAAGUCAAGGCUUUGCGCAAAGAGUAUCGUCAGCGUGAAGGAGGAGUGGUCGAAGCAGUCUUGGGCGAAUCACAGAUUGUUCUCGCAACAUGCCAUUCUUCUGGGGGCAGACAGUUACGAAAUCAUACGUUCGAUGUGGUGAUUAUUGACGAGGCAACACAGGCUUUGGAAGCUGUGUGCUGGAUCCCAAUAUUCAAGGCGAAGAAGCUAAUCUUAGCAGGCGAUCCGAUGCAGUUGCCACCAACAGUGCUAUCCGUCACCAAGGACUCCAAAAUUAAAACCGACAAGAAGGCGAAGCAUCUUGCUAUGAAGAAACCUGCUGACUCGAAGGGAAAGAAUGGCCAGAAAUCCAAGUCCGAAAUGAUAGUGGAUUCGGAUUCGGAAGGAACGAAUAGUAACUCGGAAGAUGAAGAACCGACCCAGGCUCCAGUGGUUGCAUCUAAGGCAUCAAAAAUACCCAGCCUGAAACCUCCACGAACACUAGAAACUACUUUAUUUGAUCGUUUAGAGAAGAUGUAUGGACCGAGGAUUAAAAGAAUGCUUCAGGUUCAAUAUCGCAUGCACUCCCAGAUCUGCGAAUUCCCUUCCAAAACACUUUACGAGUCCAAACUAGAGUCACACGAAUCUGUAGCAUCGCACCUGUUGAGUGAUGUAGUCCAAGCCGAAGGAGAUGAAGAGACGAUAAAAGAGGUGCUCGAGACACCUGUUGUCUUCUUCGAUACGGCUGGAUGUGAGUAUUUUGAGAGACUCGAAGGAGACGGCGACGAGGGAUCUCGGUGUAAUGAGAAUGAAGCCACAGUCGUAAAGCAAUGGAUCGAUAAAUUGACGAGUAUGGGAGUCCUCGCUUCCCAGAUAGCGGUCAUCACACCAUACCAAGCGCAAGUGACCCUACUCACAUCUCUGCUGAGGCCACAGUACGGAACCGCCUUGGAGAUAGGUACUGUCGACGGCAUGCAGGGUAGAGAAAAGGAUGCUGUGAUUAUCAGCUUGGUGAGGAGUAAUGACAAGCGUGAGGUAGGGUUUUUGAAGGAGAAGCGGCGCCUCAAUGUGGCGAUGACAAGAGCAAAACGGCAUCUUUGCGUCGUCGGUGACUCCUCCACUGUCCGACACGGUGGCCGAUACCUCAAAAACUGGCUCGCUUGGCUUGACACCAAUGCAGACGUCAGGUAUGCUGGUAUCGAAUAAUGCUCUCUAUGUACCACAAAUAUCAUACAAUAAUUCUACAAUGUCCCGUGUCCAUGUGUCCUAGUAGGACAUGCACUAUGAUAACACCCCCAUCUAAAUUUGAGGUAAAGUAUAAAGAUAUAUCGUCGAAUCAAAUCUUUCGCUGUCCAGUGGUCCUUCCCUUUCGUUCCAUAAAUUCAACUUGAGCAUACCACGCUCCGCCAAUCAGCGUCAGGGCUAUACCUAUGCCAUUUGCCGUGCUUAUGCUCAAAUCAAACAUCAACACGGCUGACAAGACUGUCAAGACCUGCUUAACAUUGGCU